AUGCGGGACGAAAUAUUCUUUGUCAGAAAACUUCCAAGAUUUGCAUCACACAUGUGCUCGUACAGUGACAAUGAUAUUUAUGGAAGCGUAUGCGCAGUUUUAAACAAGGAACAGUUUAAAAACUUUUGUGAGAAUAACAUUUUUGGUUAUUUUAUGAAGAAGAAGCAGUGUGUAGUGCAACCACAGUUGUGCAGAUGCGUUAUGACGCUUGAGGUGAAGGGUAGUUCUUCUUCGGGGAUUAUGAUCUGUGCUAAUGGCACCUCUCUUAGUUUUACUCCCAUGGAAUUUGCGAUUAUAACUAGAUUGAAUUGUGUGUCUAAUAGGUAUGACUUUAUUUUUUAUGAGGGUGUACCAAAUAGGAUGAUUGAAAAGUAUUUCAAUGGGGCAGAAAUUAUACAGAAAAGGCAACUGUUUCUAGUAUUUACGGAGAAAGUAUGGGGGGAGAACAAUGAUGAGGACGCUGAGAAAUUUGCAAUUUUGUAUUUCCUACAUUCAUUUGUGUUGUCUAACAUUGACACUGUUGUUAUACCCCGUGUUCAUUUUGAUUUGGUAGAUAGUGGUAGAUAUAAGGAUUUUCCAUGGGGUUCUUUAUCUUUUGAAGAUCUGGCUAGAAGUUUGAACAACCGGCUGAAAGCUGAGGGCAAAUUUUAUUUGAUUCAGGGAAUGCCACUGGCUAUUCAAAUGUGGCUAUGUGAGUGUUGUUCAAAUGUCCCACCAAAGAUUGCAUUGAAGGUUGUAUUUAAGAACAUAAAGCCAACUGAAAUGGAACUGGCAAAGCUUGAAAUACCACAGAAGGAUGAUCCACCACCAAAGAAGAUCAACGAACGUUCAAAGAAGAAACAGAAGGUGGAUUCAUCAACCCCAGUAGCGAAGAAACCUUCAGGAAAGAAGCAAGUCAAUAUUGUUGACGCGCAUACCCAAACGAGGACUCCACCUCAUCGUGCUGCCAAGGCUGCUGCUUCUUCUUCAAAAACGAAGGAAGGGAAGCAAACAGCUAGGGUUAUUUUUCCUCAGGUUCGUCAAGAGUUUAAAGGAGUUCGUGAAGAGUUUACUCGAAUUCGUCAAUUAGUGAAGAAAAAGUUCAAAAAAAUGGUCAAAGCAAUUGAACAUAGCAAGAUCACUGAUAAGAAAUUGGAUGAUACAAAUUUGUCUGAUUCGCAGUUUACAAUCCCAGAUGAGUUGUUACCAAGUCUUAAUGCAUACCGAAGAGAAAGCAUCACGAGACAUCCAUUGGCAACUUCUGAAGAAGAACAAAUCGAUGAACAUUUUAAUGAUAAAAAGUCCGAAUCUGUUGUUCAAGAUCAUUGUCAGGAAAACAAAGAGAACGUUGGAUCAAGCUCUAAAGCAGACAUACACGGAGAGGUUGAUCUUGGUACGGAGGAGCAGAUUAUGACAACUCCUAAAAUACAAGAAUUAACCACUGAUGAACAAAGGGAUGAAACAGUUUUGCCUGAUUCACAAGACAUAAUCCCUGAUGACUUGCUUCCUAGUUUGAAUGUAUACAGUAGUAAAAGCAUCAUUGUUCAUCCUUCUGCUAAUCGUGAACUUCAAACUUCUAUUCCUAAGUUAAGGAUUAGGCGACCAUCCAAAUUCAAAGAGUCACCUUACACGAUGAAAUUUGGUUCAGCUGUCGAGAGCUCGGAACGACACAUACGUAUAUUCUCACAGAAACAUCCAUUUGUUUAUCAUCCGAUUGAUGGGAUUGUGGAUACGAAGAUUGUCAACAAGAAGGGAAAUGCGGAUCAUUAUAAAAGGGGAAAAUCAACCAUUCCAAUGAUGCAUUUCGGAAUUGAGACUGUUGAAGAUAAAAACUGGUUCUACACAAUGGGGUUCCCUGAUCAGUCAUGGACCGACUCGUAUAUUGAUGUUUGCUUCUAUUACUUGAGGAAGAAGUCGAAGUAUGACCCCAACAGGUCUUACAAAUUCAUCACAGUAGAUUGCAACUUUAUGAACAUAAUUGGAUCUGUUCAUGAUGUUUAUUUUGCGGAUGCUGAAAAUCUUACGGCGGGAGGAUAUGUGGCACAUCUUAAUGAAUAA